UCAGAUUUUAGUUUAGUCAACAUUAAGUGACUCUGGCCUUCAUGACCACUCCAUAGGCAGGCCAGAGAAGCCGGACCCUGCCUCUUUAGGUUUGAUAUUCUUGACAAAUUUAAGAUUUUCUCUCAGAGCCUGAUUUAAAUUGUCGAAUUUUCUUUAAAAGGUACACCUGGAGCUCAGCUGAGCCUCUCGUUGCUUUACUUCCAAACGAGUUCGCAGGUCGUGAACCGUUAGCUUCAGGGCGGUUAGCAGCUAGCUAACGUUAGCUAAAAUAACGGCGCAGCUGCUAACAGCUAGCCCAAGGGUUCAUUGAUAUAUUGAGCGAUUUCUCGACUCCAGAUUGAAUGGUGUUAUAAUAUGGCUCUCUGUGACGAUGGACAGCCUCAAAGUCGAUUCAGAGACACAAAUGGCGGCGAUACCGGGUUAGGUGUGGCUGUCCGGGCGGCCACCGACCCCGCCGUGACCGGUGACCCCAGAGCACUGAACCGUCUAACGGCCAUGGAAAAGACCCUCCCGGCCGUCCCCUGGUACAUCGACGGAGUCCAGACAGACGUCCAGCCGAACAUGCGGAAUACACUGGCUGUGUGGAUGUUUCAGGUAUGUGAGGAGCAGAAAUGUGAGGAGGAGAUAUUUCCACAGGCGGUGCACUACCUGGACUGUUACCUGAGCCGUUUCCCCAUUGAGAAGUCCAAACUGCAGAUUUUAGGGGCUGUUUGCAUGUUCUUGGCUUCCAAAAUGAGAGAGACCAUCCAUCUGACUGCCAGCAAGCUGUGUAUCUACACAGACAACUCAAUUUCAGUCUCAGACAUCCUGCAGUGGGAGCUGGCAGUGGUGUCCAGGUUAGACUGGUGUCUGGCCUCUGUGGUACCCUCCGACUUCCUGGAGCCAAUUCUUCACACUCUCCCCUUUGUUCGGCCCCACCACCUUCCAAACAUGCGCAGGCAUGUUCACUCCUAUGUUGCUUUGGCAGCCACUGAAUGCAGGUUUUUAGUGUUCCAACCCUCGACUGUUGUGUGUGCCUGUGUGAGCAUUGCCAUGCAGAGGCUGAAGUUAGCGGACGCUGCUGUCACCUCUGAUUCGGUUAUGCAGUUUUUGGCUGACCUUUUGUCCAUUGAUCUGAAAUCAGUCCUCCUCUGCUAUGACCAGCUAAUGAGUGUGUUGGAGCUCAGCCUGCCCUCAUGUUUCCAGGCUGGCUAGUGUUUGCAGAUCAGGAGCUCACAGCUCAGAGAUCAGCUACACCCCUGCUGACAUUCAGGAUGCUGAACGAACACCAGUGACAUCAAGCUAAAACACCCCUCCCUGCUAUGAAUGGCAAGAAUGAAAUGUACCCUUACAGCCAUGAGACAGAACAAAAGGCCAAAAUACCAGGUGUUAUGUGAAAUAUGUCUUCACGUAAUUUCUCCUUAAUCGUAACUGUUCUUUUUAUGUUGUUUGUUUUGGAGAUCUUUCUGCAAUAUGUGUAGAGCUACUGCAGUUUGAAAAAUGUUAAAGGUGCAUUAUGUAAUGUUGGGGAAGAAAUCUUAAUCAGAGGAGAAAGAUCCUCAUUGACAGAUUUUUUAUGUUGAAAAAAACUCAAUAAACUUUAUAAUAAACUUUCUUUGUUUUCAUGACCGACUAAACAAACUGCCCUUAGAGGACAACCCUAUUUAAUAAUGUUUACCUUGUUUAUAUGUGGUGGACCCUGCCACCUUUCUAGCUUCCAACAGUAUUCUGGGGCCUUACUUUCCUGAGUACAGCUUGUUUAUUGAAUUGGGAAUGGGGAAAAUAAAUAUUUCUGAUUUUCUAUUAUUACCUCAUUGCCAUCGUAAGUAUUAAAAUUCUGACUUUGAAUUUCUUCUCCAAAACUACAUAGUGUACCUUUAAUUGUCCAUCCCAUUUCUGCUUAUUUUAGUAUUUUGCAGUUGCAAAAACAGCUUAAAAAGAUAGAAUGUAAUUGUUCUUGUGCCCUUGAUCAAUUUAAGGGCCACAUUAAUUUGUUUUUGAUAUUAUCAGUUGAGCUGCACUGUAUUCCAAUAGCAAUGUUUGCACAUUUUGAAUGUAAUAUCUUCUAAACAUAUAGUCAUUAAUAUUUUUGCAUUUCUCUGGAUUAAUUAAACAUGUAAUAUUAGCUUUA